UCAUUUUCAAGCUCAAAUUCCCAAAAUGCCCAAAUCCUCAGUAGCCAAAAACAAAUACGGAGAAGUCUCACAAUUCAUAGAACCUAUAAGCAAAGUCCCAAUCAUCGAUCGCAAAUUCCGAUCGCAAGUAGCAGCAUCCCAGAUUCGAGUAUCCAGUUUCUACCGACGGGAGUAACAGACGGAGCUGAAGAUCUGCCGGCGACGGCGCGACGCAACUGACUCGGUCGCCUGUACGACUCACAGAGUGCAAAGAAAUGGCGAUUAGUUACAUGAGAUCGCUCAAAAGUGUCACCUUCCCCAAAGAGAUAGCCAGAGUGAUUGGCUGCAGAACAUUUGCCGCUGGAGGAGGCAAAGCAAAGAAGGGAUCAAAAGGAGGCGGCGCGACAGAUGGCCCAAGAGUGUCUUCUCUCAGCAAGGAAGUGAAAUCAACAACAGUCGUUGGUGCGAAUAUUCUCAAGGAUGGAACAGACCCCAAGGUGUUGCCGGAUAGCGAGUACCCUGAGUGGCUAUGGCACUUGCUGGAUAAGAAACCAGCACUCAGUGAGCUAAGAAGGAAAGACUUGGAGUCGCUUCCGUACGAGGAACUCAAACGGUUUGUCAAGUUGGAUAACCGAGCAAGGAUCAAGGAGAACAAUUCUCUCAAGGCCAAGAACUGAGUGUUGUCGAAAAACCAGUCCUUGUAGAAGAAGAACAGCUUGGCUUUGAAAGACUUUGCUUCAGCAACCACCUGGUAUGACUAUCAUCAACUGGAAAAUGUCUCUCAUCUUAUUUAAAGCAAAAUUUAUUUUGCAUGUGGAUGGUCUUACAUCUAUCUUGAGCUUUCUUAAAGGUGAUACAUAUUGAACUAGUUCCAACAUAAUCUUGUUUAUUUAUUACUAAUAAGCUCCUCUUGGUCUG